AUGAGAACGGUUGCAAUUUUUAGUCAUGAAGAUAGAUUAUCAAUGCAUCGAUAUAAAGCCGAUGAAGCAUACCAGAUCGGUGAUCCGAAUGUUUAUUCAGCAAUUGGUGCAUAUCUUGCUCAAGAUGAAAUAAUUAAAAUAGCUAAACUUCGUAAUGUCUCAAUGAUUCAUCCUGGUUAUGGAUUUUUAGCUGAAAAUGCUAGUUUUGCUAAGAAAGUUGAAGAGGCUGGAAUAGCUUUUGUUGGACCUACACCUGAUGUUAUUGAAAAAAUGGGUGAUAAAACAAAAGCAAGAGAUUUAGCUAUACAGUGUGGUGUUCCAGUUGUCCCUGGUACUCCAGGACCGAUUUCUACAAUUGAAGAAGCAGAAAAUUUUAUAGCUGAAUAUGGAUUUCCAAUCAUUGUUAAAGCAGCAAUGGGUGGUGGAGGUCGUGGUAUGAGAGUUGUAAAUAGCAGUGAGACAUUGAUAGAAUCGUUUGAAAGAGCUAAAUCAGAAGCUUUGGCUGCUUUUGGUGAUGGGACAGUGUUUUUGGAAAGAUUCUUGGAUAAACCAAGACACAUUGAAGUUCAAAUACUAGCUGAUUCUGCUGGUAAUGUUGUACAUUUGUUUGAACGGGAUUGUUCGGUCCAAAGACGUCAUCAGAAAGUAGUCGAAGUUGCUCCUGCAUUGAAUUUAGAUGUAAGUAUUCUUUAA